GGUUGAAAAAUUAAUUUAUAGUUGGCUUCCGGGUUUUGCUGUAUCCCUUCUAGCCACAACCAGGCAGCUGCGGUUAUCAUGGCGGCUUACAGAGGCGCUGCAGGUUUUCAAAGAGUUUUGCUUGCUGUUAAGCAUGUCUGUUUUAGCAAGCAGAGGUGCGGUGUUAUAAUCUGCCGGUACUCUACAGUAUAUGACCCAAAUGAGAAGACCUUUGAUAAAAUCCUCAUUGCAAACAGAGGCGAGAUCGCCUGCAGGGUGAUUAAAACAUGUAAGAAGAUGGGCAUCAAGACAGUCGCAGUUCACAGUGAUGUGGACUCCAGUGCGGUUCACGUGAAGGUGGCUGAUGAGGCUGUGUGUGUUGGCCCUGCCCCUACAAGUAAAAGUUAUCUGAACAUGGAUGCUAUCAUGAACGCCAUCAAGCAGACUGGAGCUCAAGCUGUUCAUCCUGGCUAUGGAUUCCUGUCUGAAAAUAAGGAGUUUGCCAAGAGACUGGCAGCCGAGGGGGUGACCUUCAUUGGUCCUGACACGCAUGCCAUCCAGGCCAUGGGGGAUAAGAUCGAGAGCAAACUCAUCGCCAAAGCUGCCAAAGUCAACACCAUCCCAGGAUUUGAUGGGGUGGUCAAGGAUGCGGAAGAGGCUGUGAAAAUUGCAGGAGAAAUUGGCUACCCUGUCAUGAUAAAGGCGUCUGCUGGUGGAGGCGGGAAAGGGAUGAGGAUUGCCUGGAAUGAUGAGGAAACCAGGGAAGGCUUUCGUUUUUCAUCUCAGGAAGCACUAUCAAGUUUUGGAGAUGACCGUUUACUGAUUGAGAAGUUCAUAGAUAACCCCAGACAUAUUGAGAUUCAGGUGUUGGCAGACAAACACGGCAAUGCUCUGUGGUUGAAUGAGAGAGAGUGCUCCAUCCAGAGAAGAAACCAGAAAGUGGUGGAGGAGGCCCCCAGUGGUUCAUGUUGUGAGUAUGUCUUUCUCACUCAGGUGGAGCAUCCCAUCACUGAGUGUAUCACAGGACUGGAUCUGGUGCAGCAGAUGAUCCGCAUUGCAAAGGGCUACAAACUCCAGCACAAACAGUCUGACAUACCCAUAAAUGGCUGGGCCGUCGAGAGCAGAGUCUAUGCUGAGGAUCCAUACAAAUCAUUUGGUCUCCCCUCCAUUGGCCGGCUGUCACAGUACCAGGAGCCACUUGACCUGCCCAAUGUUCGAGUAGACAGUGGAAUUCAAGAAGGAAGUGACAUCAGUAUCUACUAUGAUCCCAUGAUUUCUAAGCUGGUCACAUAUGGUAAAACACGUGAAGAAGCUCUGAAGAAAAUGGAAGAUGCACUUGAUAAUUAUGUCAUCAGAGGUGUGACCCAUAACAUUCCUUUACUGAGAGAGAUCAUUGUUCACUCUCGGUUUGUGUCUGGUGAUAUCAGCACUAAGUUUCUCCCGGAGGUGUAUCCUGAUGGGUUCAAAGGUCACAUGUUAACAGCAGGAGAGCGACGGGAGCUGCUGGCUACGGCUGCGGCUCUUUAUGUAGCAGCACAGCUCCGAUCUCAGAAGUUCCUGGGAGAUCUGAGGGUGUCCGUUGUUCCUGCAGAGUGCAGACGGUGGGAGCUGUGUGUGGAACUUGAUAAAGGCGUUCACAUGCUGGGUGUGUCUCGGUCUGGAAACAACUAUACAGUGGAGAUAGAUGGAGAGAAGGUUGAAGUGUCUGGAGAAUGGAACUUGGCCUCAGCAUUGCUGCCCAUCACCAUCAACGGCAAACACAGGACUCUCCAGUGCCUGCUGCGGACAGCGGCUGGAGAAAUCUCCCUGCAGUAUCUGGGCACUUCAUUUAAGCUGCGUGUGCUGAGUAAACUGGCAGCAUCUCUCAGUAAGCACAUGCCAGAGAAGGUUCCAGAAGACACCAGUAGUAUCCUCCGCUCUCCCAUGCCAGGAUCUGUGGUGGCUGUGUCCGUUAAACCAGGAGAUAAUGUUGCAGAGGGACAGGAGAUCUGUGUGAUUGAAGCCAUGAAGAUGCAGAACAGCAUGACCGCAGCAAAGACAGCCAAGGUGAAGAGUGUGCACUGUAAAGCUGGAGAUACAGUCGGAGAGGGAGAUCUACUGGUGGAACUGGAGUAGCAGAUCAUCAGUCGCUGUGGAUAAGCAAUCAAAGACACUAGUAGACUAGAUGGAACAUUUUUUACAUUAUCACUAUAAUGUAUUCAUCUCCCUGGGAUCUUGCUGGAUUCCAGUGAAGGAAAUGUCAAAACACUUACACUCUCUCGUGCCUUGGCCCUCCGUUGGAGGUGUUUUCAUUUCACAUGGAACAAACCACAAUUGGACAUCAGCAGCAGCAACUCAUCUUCAAAUGCAGUCAGUGAAAGCAGUUGACACUCUCUCUACUCUGUGUUGAUUUAGCAUUGUUUAGAGGAAGUGCUGUGAAUGUUUUGCAUUGCUGCAACUCAUUUUUAAUUAUAAGGUUAUAUUAUGCAAUGAUUUUUCUGCUCCAUGAUUAUUCAAGCAUAAUAUAGGCCUAUUCACUCAUCUACAAAUCACCAAUCCCACACUCGUCUAUUUAAGUGUUUCCAUAGAACUUGUACCUAAUUUCUGUCAUCAAAUGCAUUAAACUCAAUUAGUGAUUAUUUAGGUCUGUAGGUGCACUGUUCAAACACUUCAUUUGCUUGGGCUUUAAUUGUUAAGUCGUUUCCUCUCUUUCUAAAAUUGUGAAUCCGGAAGGAGCGGACCUUUAACAGAAGGAGAAGGCAGAUAUGAUUACUCAGAAACUAACAGACAGCUGUGGUCAGGCUUGGAGGAGGCACUUAGAUCUACUUUCUGUCUGUACUUGUUUUGAGAAAAAAUAAAGUGUUAUAAUAAAAAUGGGAUUAAUGUAACAUUCCAAGUGCUCAUGAUUGCUUGAAGCCCUAGGCUUGGGAAGGAAACACAUGAAUGCAUGAUUUGAUUGAAUGCUGUGUGGCAGCAGCUAUUUCCAG